AUGAAGACUGAAAAUAAAUUAAAAAAAAGCAUACUAUCUGUCAAAGAAUGUGAAUCUAUUUCAGUUGAAGAAAAUGUUAGUAUUCUGAAACUUAAGAUAACAAAUGAAUUAGAAUCAAAGUAUCGUGAGCAAAUUUCAAUUUUGCAGUCCAAUCUGCAAUGUUUUCAAGAUGAAAAUAGAAUGCUGUCAGAAGAAGUUCACACUCUCAAUAAAACAAUAUUCGAAGAACGUUCAGAAUUUAAAAAUAUGAAAUUAUUGUAUGAAGCUGAGAUUACUAGUCUUACAAAGAUUAAAGAUGACCAACGUAUGCAGAUUAAUCAACUAUCAUCUGUUAAAACCAAUGAAGAUAAAAAGCUAUUAUUGCAAAAUGCACAACUUCAAGCUAAAUGUCAGGAAUUUGAUAAUCAAAUUCGUUGUUUAAAAGAAAAUUUAUCUACAGAAAGAAAUAAAAUUCAAUCAGAAAAUCUUGAUCAAUUACUUGUGUGUUCUGAAAUGAAAGCUAAGAAUAUAGAACUUGAAGCAUUGUGUUCUACUCAAAAAAGUCAAUUAUGCAUAUUAACGGAAGAAGUAAAUAAUUUACGUAAAGCAUUGGUGACUUAUCGCCAAACAUCUGUAGAAUCCACGAAAAAUCAAGUCCAAGCUGAAUUACAAGUUGAAAAGUUCUUAAACUCUGUACGCACUGAAUUAUUUAAUUUACGGAUCGAAGCACAAGCUCAACGAUCGGAAAUUGAAAAACAGAGAGGUGAAUUGAUGAAAAAGUCUGAAGCGCUAAAUCAUGAAUUGGGUUUAUUAUCGUCACGUUUAACAAAUUCUAAUCAGCUUGAUCUAUUGUCAAUUAAUUACGAUACAACAACAUCUACUACUAGAGAUGAUGAAAAGAUGCAACAAAUCAUCAAAUUAUUUCGUCAUCAUCUUAUGAUUCAUAUUCAUCAAUUCGAAAAUAAAAUGAAAAGUAUUUCGGAACGUUUAAAUUUAGAAGUAAAUCAAAUGCAAACAUUUAAAAUUUAUGCGAAUUCUUUUAUGGAGAAGAUAAGCAGUACGGAAUCUCAACAAAAAUCACUUAUUUUGGCUGAUCUUAAUAAUCGGGGGCUUUUAAAACACUUAGAUAUAAGUAAUGCCAUCAGAAAUAAAAUGCAACAGUUUUUAGAAGAUUCACGUAAGAAAAAAAGAGCCUUAUGUCUUCGGAUAGUGUUAUUGAAACGAAAACUCAACUUCCUUGAAUAUGAAAUGGAAAAGCUGCGUAAAGAAAAUAACAAUUUAAAAAGAAAUGUGUCAAUUUCCGAGUAUGAACGAGUAUGUACGGCAUACAAAGAUUUAUACAGACGACAUCAAGAAUAUGAGAGUAUUAUUCUGAAUUCUGAUAAUCAAAAAUUUACCAUCAAAACUCAUCAUAUUCAAUAG